AUGACUAGCAUAGACAAAGAGAAGGAGUUGGGACAGUUAUUUCACGCCUGCGAUCUGGAUGGUUCUGGAUAUAUCGAUCAGGAAGAAUUGGCCUACAUAUGUAACGAGUUAUCUAUUGAAGAUCUCAGUGAUGUUUUCAAACAGUUGGAUAAAGACGGCGAUGGACGGAUCAGCAUUGACGAAUUCGCAAAAGGGUACAGGGAAAUCGCCAUGGCCAAAGAAACAAAAAAGCGUCAGCUGAUUCGACAACGCCUGACUAGUGCCAUCUCGGAGGAGAACCUGCUGGGCGAUACCCAAGGAACAAAUACCACAGAAGAGUUUUCUAACGGUCUUGACGAGGGCCUCAGAACACUGUCAUGCCAGGAACAGGUCUGUGAGCUGUAUCAGGGUCUGCACAGUGUCGACAAACCGGAACUGGUAUCGCAGUUUGAGAGUAUCCUUCUCAAUGUAAUCAACGAUGUUCGACAGUACAAGCUGGAAAACGAGAGACUGGAAAAAACAUACAAGAGGGAAAAGGAUGAACACGACAAACAUCUGCGAAGAAUGGAAGAAGAAAUGGAACAACAAGUGCGAAGUGUUGAAGAACGAGUACGGCAACAGGAGAAGGAAAAGUUAGAAUCUGAAAAAGUAGUAUUGAGACACCAGUUGGAUUCUGAAAUAAUUAUGCUGCAACUUAACCUUUCCAAACUGCAACAGGAGGGAGAAAACAGGCUUGAUAAAGGACAGGAAGAACAUUUGUUAAAUCUAAAGAAGAGAUUGGAGGAAAUCUUGACAGAAAACCGCAUGCUCAAAUCAGAUCUAACAGACGCACAAACAAACCUUGCCCUCGUGAAAAGUCAAAUGACAACAGUGAAACAGCAACUUGAAGUUAAAAAUUAUGAACUCGAAGUUGAAAAUAAAACAAUUGAAGAUUAUGUAAAUGAGCAGGAUAAGCUUCGAAGGCAGCUACAGAUGCUCCAUGAAGCCAAUAAGAAUUUGCUGGAUACAAAUGACAAUCUUAGAGAACUCCUGGACUCCACACCUGGUGCCUCACCAUGUUAUAAAAGAACAACGUCCUCAGAUUCUAGUCAUAGUGUGAGGAGAAGUCCAUCUCCAAACUUUCCAAGAAAAGGUUCCAUUAUGAGUGAUUAUGUUGAUGCGCACCCAGGAGGUCGGCCUGAACGUCCCCGGACACUGGACAUUUUUGUGCCAAAGUUUCUCACAGAAGAUGAUGAAGAAGAUAAUUUGGCCGAGGACUUAGAUAGUGGCCACUCAACACUUCGAGAUCUGAAUGAUGCCACAGAUGAUACAGAAAUUGACAGCAUCAGUGUUCAAAGUGAAAUCAGACGAGGAAGGCAGCAUAAAAAGGCACACCCUAGUUUACGAGAACAGGAGGAAGAUCUUGAUUCACAAGAUGAAAUUGACAGUGACACAGAUGGACCAAAAUCCCGUGAAACAUACAGACACCCUUCAGAUAGCAGACACUCGCCAUCUGUUGGGAAUAGAAGUUCAAACAAAAGCUCACGCUCAGUAAACAGAGAUGGCUCAACAUACAGUCAAUCUUCCAAGUCCAGUAGAGGAUCAACUCGACGACAGCUUCCUUCCGUUCCUUCCACAGAUAUGGUUGUUCCACCUCGAGUUUCGAAAGCGCCAGAACGAAUGUACAAGAUUGUCCUAGCAGGAGAUGCUGCAGUGGGAAAAUCCAGUUUCAUUGUUCGAUUAUGCAAGGGAAAGUUUGUGUCGAAUCUCAGCUCUACGUUAGGUGUAGAUUUUCAGACUAAAAUGUUGGAUGUAGAUGGACAGCCAACAGCUUUACAGUUAUGGGAUACGGCAGGACAAGAACGGUUCCGGAGUGUGGCCAGAACCUACUUCAGAAGAGCUGAUGGGGUUCUGUUGUUAUAUGAUGUCACUUAUGAGAGAUCUUUUCUCAAUGUUCGAGAAUGGGUGGAUGCUAUAGAGGAAGGGUCUCACAAGAAGGUUCCAAUAAUGCUAGUAGGAAACAAGACAGAUGCAAGGGCAGAGCUGGAGAAACAGGGGAGGCGAGUUGUCAAAUAUGAUGAUGGAGUGCGCCUUAGCAGAGAAAUAGAAGCACUUUUCAUUGAGAGCAGUGCUAAAGAUGGGUCGAACAUCUACGAAGCAGUCAUAGAACUUACAAGGUUACUUCGCACAAAUGAGGACAUGGAGGUGAAAGCAGUCGGAAUGCAGCUGCAGUUGCAGCCUAAACCAAACAGGACAUGCUGCAAUCGGUCAUAA